CUUCAAGCACCUCAAACUCAAUACAUGUGAAGUCUAAACAACUGCUUUGGGUUCAGGUGACACAAUAAUUUAGGAGGUUCUAAGACACCAAAAGAGAAGCAAGGAUAUGGGGAAAAGUUGGCAUUGUGUUGUGUCAAUCUAUCUACUUUCCAUCUGCCAACCAGAUAAAGCAUAUCAAUAUUGGAUUAACAUCUGACAGGGUUCCUCUCCUUCUGAUAUUGAUAUUCCCACCCAUAAGAAUCACAAAUAUUUUUCCUUUCUUGGGCUCUGCUAUUACAUUUCUUUAGGAUCCCCCUGCUUAUUCUGGCCCUUCUUUUCCUAUACACCCCAAAAUUUAUGAGCCAUGAGUUUUGUGUUUUUCUUCAUCAUUUAUUCAUUUAAUUAUUUCGUCAAGGACGUAUUAGAUAACAGAUAUAAGUAUAGAUAUAUAUAUAUUCUGUUACUGACGUCUUAUAAUCAAAAGAUUAUUAGUGUGAUGGAAUGCAGUAAGGUAGUUGAUUCUCAGGAGGGAGGGGUGACAUUCCAGAACAGCAAGAGACAACUCAGUCCUGGUAUUACAUAUGAAAGAGGUUGAAAACAGCUCCUCCAUGGUACAUUGUAGGUUCAUAUAGUAGUGUUCUUGCAAGAUUUUAUCUAUAGAUGUGAACCAAUAAAGAAUUCAGCUACAAAGAAUCACCAUUCUUUAUCGUUGGGUUGGUCAAUCAGCUUGAUGUUUUUGGUUACCAAGCUUGGUCUACCUUGAAGGGCUGGCCCCUAACUGUUUGAGAAGAUCGAUUCAAGUUUUAGAAGAAUCGAAUAAACUUUUGUUCACAGAAUGAGUUCCCCGAAGAACCAGUGUUGCUGGUAAACAAAUUAACAAGUCAACGUCUUUAAUUAAGAUGGGAAUUGCAACAGAAGGAACAUACAAGAAAACCUUUAAAGACAUGGGCAUGCAUUUUUCAAUUUAGAAAAAUGGGAGGUUUCCUAGAAAAAGGGGAAAGGGUUCGGAAAAGAUACCUCUCCUUCCCACUUUGAUCUGCGGUACUAUUUACUUUGUUUCUCCAAUAACUCUUUCCUCCACUGAUAGUUGUAGACUUUCUUACUAGAGUUUUCUAGAAUGUAAAUUUAACAGUUCUCCCAAUUAUUCUGGGUUUUUUUUUCAUCUUGUCGAUCACGACAACUUUAAAAGGAAUUAUUAUUUUUUUUAAUGUUUUUGAGGGAAAGGUUGGACGCAUCAGACCUUUUCCUAUUCUUCUAAAGACUUUGAUCCAGAAAUAACUCAUAAUGGAAUGGCAGAAAUAUUGAACCAGACAGUUUCAGUAACCGAGUUCAUUCUUGUAGGCUUCACCCAUAUCCGUUGGCUUCAGAUCCUUCUCUUUUGGGUCCUCUUUCUCACGUAUCUUCUGACCAUCAUGGGAAACCUUCUCAUCAUCUACAUCACUCUGAUUGACCAUCGCCUCCAUACCCCCAUGUAUUUUUUCCUCCGGAAUUUUUCUGUCUUGGAAAUAGGAUUUAUCUCUUCUACCAUCCCGAAGGCUUUGCUAAACUUGGCCUCAGGCAACAGCACCAUUUCUCUGGCGGGCUGCUUCACGCAGGCCUUUUUCUAUUUUAUUUUGGGCACCGCUGAGUUCUUCAUUCUGGCCACCAUGUCCUUCGACCGCUACGUAGCCAUCUGCAAUCCCCUACGGUACACGGUUAUUAUGAACAAUCAGUUGUGUACGCGGUUAGUAGUGGGCUCUUGGCUGAUCAGUUUCCUUUAUAUCAUAAUGCCCCUGAUUCUGUUAUUUCGUCUGCCCUUCUGUGGUCCAAAUGUCAUCAAUCACUUCUUCUGUGACAACAUACCACUGAUCAAGCUGGCCUGCACCGACACCCAAUUUCUGGAACUGAUGGAUUUUCUCAUGUCCACCUUUAUGGUGCUGGGGUCUCUGGCUGUCACAAUCGUUUCCUACAUUAAAAUCGUUGCAGCUGUCCUGCACAUCCAUUCCGAGGAGGGCAGGCAAAAGGCUUUCUCCACUUGUGCAUCUCACAUUGUGGUGGUUUUCAUCACCUACGGGAGCUGCAUUUUCAUGUACGUCAAGCCCAUGCAAAGCGGGGGGGUGGACCUCAGCAAGACGGUAGGUGUCCUGAACAACGUGGUCUCCCCUUUGCUCAACCCCUUCAUUUACAGCCUGAGGAACAGGCAGGUGAAAACAGCGUUGAAGGAUGCUUGUGGAUGGAGACGAGAAUAGCUUUGAAGGAUGCUUGUGGAUGGAGAGGAAAACAGCCUUGAAGGAUGCUUGUGGAUGGAAAUAAAAACAGCUUUGAAGGUUGCUUGUGGAUGGAGAU